AUGUCCCGCAACUUCGGAAUAAACACUUACAGCUUUUGGAUUGUCACAUAUGUGGCCGUAGGAACAAUCUCAUCUGCCUAUGGACUAGUGAUCAUUGGAUCAACAAUUGGCCAGCCGAACUUUUACAAAUUCUUCGAUCUUGCCUCUCAAGGCGAGCCGGGAUACGCUCAUACUACGAACAUAAUCGGCGCUCUCAAUGGCGUCAAUUCUGCCGGCGCAAUAAUCGGAUCGAUAUUCCAAGCUUGGUCUGGUGACUAUCUUGGACGAAAAUGGACUAUGCAGUUUGGUCUGAUUGUUUUGAUUAUUGGCGGUGCCUUGUGCGCUGGUACAGUUAAUAUGACCAUGUUCAUUAUCGCUCGACUGGUAGCGGGAAUCGGAUCGGGAACUCUGGCUUGUAUUGUACCAACAUACCAAGCAGAAAUGGCGAUCGCUGAGACACGUGGUGCGAUGGUUGCCGUUACUGGAGUCAUGUAUGCUGUCGGCUAUUCACUGGCUGCAUGGCUUGGGUAUGCGUGCUACCAUAUCAAGUCCACGGACUCGGCAGUUACAUUUUCCUGGAGAUUUCCAUUGGCUGUUCAGGUCUUAUUUCCUUUGAUUGUUCUAGUUGGUAGUCCUUUUCUGCCAGAGUCACCUCGAUGGUUACUCCAGCAGGGACAUCGAGAGAAAGUAUUGUCAGUUGUGACUCGCCUGCAACGCGAUGUUGUCAAGGCAAGGCAGGAGUUCUUCAUGAUCGAGAAACAAUUUGAGCUUGAUCGGUCGAUUUCAACAAAGUGGUAUGAGCUUAUUCGGACUCCUGCUAAUCGACGACGUGCUCUUGUUGCAUGCGCCUUGAUGUGGGGAGAUCAGUUUCUUGGUAUAUUCGUUAUUACGAAUUACGGGGUCUUGAUUUAUGAGAGUAUUGGGUUCCAAGAUCCAACUCAUCUGGUGCUGUAUGCCUGCUGGGCUAGUUUCACGCUUAUUGAAAACACAUGGACUGCGUUCUACGUGGACCGAUAUGGGCGUCGAGUCUUCCUCUUGAUCGGCUCUACUGGCUGUGUCGUUUGUUUGAUUUUCCUGUGUGUAUUAUGCGCUCAGUAUCUUGGGAAGACAACACAGUAG